AGUGCCACCCGGAAGUGUUUUCGAUAACAACAACAACAGCGGUUAGCAUGUAGCAGUCCGAGGAGUCGUCAGGUUUAUUCUUGGAAAAUGUUAAACUUCGAUAAAACAUCCACCUAAAUGUCACUUAACGACUUAACGUGGUGGUGUUUCCGUCAGUAACACCGCAACAAACGCGUCUCCCGCGCUGUAACUAACGUGAGCCUGUUGGCUGAAGUUACCGCCCUCAGUUUCAGGUGUCACUGACCACGUCAAAGUAUGGCCGACGACCCUCAGAGGAACUUCCGCUCUGCAUAUUAUGAGAAGGUGGGCUUCAGAGGAGUGGAGGAGAAGAAAUCACUGGAGAUACUGCUCAAGGAUAAUCCUCUGGAUCUUGAAAAGCUGAGCACCUUCAGUCAGAGGUUCCCCCUCCCCUCCAUGUACAGGAUCCACGUGUGGAAGGUGUUGUUGGGCAUCCUCCCUCCUCACAGUGACUCUCACACGCUGGUGGGAGGCUACAGGAAGGAGCAGUACCAGGACAUCCUGGAGGCUCUGGAGGUAAUGAGAUACAUCAACUCUUCCACACCCCCCACCCACGUCUACCUGCGCAUGUUCCAGCUGGAGAGCCAGGUGCUCCCACGGUGCUCCGAGACCUCCGCCCCGGAUGAAGAGAACGAGGACUUCCUCUCCAUCAGUCGAGCCAUGGAGGAGAUCGUAGAUGAUCCCAUCGACUGCUACUGGCUGAUCAAGUGUUUCGUCAAUCAGUUCCACACAAAGUUUGGAGACUCAGUUCCCCACCUGCCGAAGAGCCUGGAGCAUUAUCUGAGUCAGGAGGAGCCUCGGCUGCUGAACCAUCUGAAGAACAGCGGAUCCCUGGCUCAGCUGCCCUACGGCCUCUGGUUCAGACGCUGCUUCGCUGGCUGCCUGCCCGAAUCCAGCCUGCAGAGGGUGUGGGACAAGGUGAUCAGUGGCUCCUGUAAGAUCCUGGUGUUUGUGGCGCUGGAGAUUCUGCUCAGCUACAAGAUCAUACUGAUGGGCAUCAACCGGCCUGAAGGCAUCAUCAAGUUUCUGUGCAACAUACCGCAGGAAAACACAGACGCCAUUGUGACCAAAGCCAUCGACUUGUGGCACAAAUAUUGCGGCACUCCGAUGCACGCUGUGUAGCCACACGGAGCUCCACACACACCUAGAGGGGAACCGCUUUCCCAGGAUGCACCUCUUAACUCCUCCGAGAGACUAACAGACUGUGGCGUUCGGUGUCAGUGGGGAUUCAUCUCUGCAUGACUGAACCGAAAACUCAUCACAGGCAACUUUCAGUAAGCCAGAGGAGCCGGGAGCCACUCUUCAUUGACAAUUCCCAGCUUUCACCAGAGUACGUGGAAAGGACUCGACUGCAUGAACACUGGAAACAGCUGCUACACGGAGCGGAUGCAAAGAAAAAAAAACCUGUUUGGAAAAAGGCAAGGAAGCAUAAACUUAUUUUUUAAUAAGUUUCUUUCUUUAAGAAACUGCAUACAUCAUAGAAGACUCACAAUAAAUUAAUACUCACAUGCAGUUUUUUCUGCUUUACAAAAAAAACAUUUGAAAAGUCUUGCUUACUUUCUUUACUAUGUACAAGUCUUAUAAUUCUGAGAAUAUUUUUCUCCCAAAACAUUUUUAAACAUACAAGAGACAGUCAUAUUACCGACGCUUGUACAUACACACACACUCACUCAGACACACAGUCAUAACACACACAACAGAUGAACCAGUUCUCCCAAUAAUGUGGUCAGAAACCGCCAAUUCAUGAACCUAACAUGGACUGUAAACAAUAAAAAACUCAUGUGGCAGGGUUUUCGUAUUCUGUACCGCCAAAGGUUCAUCUCAAACAAUAAAAAAAUGAAAUAAAAA